AAUGGCAGACUCUGGGAGGGCUCACGCCAAGGAGUACUUCCCAGAACUUCUGCUGCCAGUGUCUUUGUCCUCACGGUGAGACAGAGCCACCCCCCAACUCUGCAGGAGACCCUCCAACACUAGCAGGAAAAAGAAAAGAAGUAUAUGCUUCCCUUGGACAACCUGAAAGUUCGGGAUGUGGAAAAAAGCUUUAUGUCUAGCAAGCACAUCUUUGCACUCUUUAAUACAGAACAAAGGAAUGUAUACAAAGACUAUCGCUUUCUCGAGCUGGCAUGUGAUUCACAGGAGGAUGUAGACAGCUGGAAGGCAUCUCUACUAAGAGCUGGGGUUUAUCCAGAUAAAUCUUUAACUGAAAAUGAUGAGAAUGGCCAAGCAGAAAACUUUUCCAUGGACCCACAGUUGGAGAGGCAAGUGGAGACCAUUCGCAACCUCGUAGACUCCUACAUGUCUAUUAUCAACAAAUGUAUCCGAGACCUAAUUCCAAAAACGAUAAUGCAUCUUAUGAUCAACAAUGUUAAAGAUUUCAUAAAUUCUGAGCUCCUAGCACAGUUAUAUUCUUCAGAGGACCAAAAUACUCUGAUGGAGGAAUCUGCGGAACAGGCUCAGCGCCGGGAUGAGAUGCUUCGAAUGUACCAAGCCCUUAAAGAAGCCCUCGUGGUCAUCGGCGACAUCAACACAGCCACGACGUUCACGCCCGCACCGCCGCCGGUGGACGACUCCUGGAUCCAGCAUUCCCGCAGGUCCCCGCCUCCAAGCCCCACCACCCAGCGGAGGCCGACGCUGAGCGCGCCCCUCCCGCGGCCCACAUCCGGCCGCGGGCCCGCACCCGCCAUCCCCUCCCCGGGACCCCACUCGGCGGCGCCUCCAGUGCCCUUCCGGCCUGGCCCGUUGCCUCCUUUCCCCAACAGCAGCGACUCGUUCGGGGCGCCUCCGCAGGUUCCGUCUCGGCCCACCAGGGCCCCUCCGAGCGUCCCCAGGCGACCCCCUCCUGCAGUUCCCGGACGACCAUCCUAACCCCCAUCAUUCAUCUCCUUUUGUUUCCGACAAUAUGUCUAUACUUG